AUGCAGCUUUCCGCAAGCUUGGUUUUUAUCGCCGCUACCCUUGUUGGGUCUUCUCUCGCUACGAAAUGUACUGCCGCGUCGGCAACAGCUCUGGAGCCUUUCCUGACCCAGGGAGGUGGUAGCAGUAGUGGUGGUGGUGGCGCCGUCGGAAGCGGCCCGAUCCUCACGUUCGACAAUAGCUGGGUUUCCAAUGCAGUCCGUGACUUGAGCCGCCUGGCGCCCCGAGAUGUCCGGUACACGCUCUCAAAUACUGUCCGCCGCGCAGCCGAACUUGACUGCAACUCCCAAGAGACUUGCGUGUCUCUCAGUGCCGUACUAUUUUGUUACACUAUGGCCUCCGGCGACUUCCGUGACGGCGAUGGGACUACCGGCAACGUCAUCACAGGCGACUAUACGCUUGGUGACGGCAGAAAAGGCAAUCUAUAUACUGGCCCAACUCCUCUUCCCACGGGGACGAGUGAUACCAACGCGGAAACCACACAGUCGGCAUCCUCGGGCGAUUCCGAAGGAGACGAUACCCAAAAUGCGACCGGGAGCCAGACCAGCACCAAGUCCGGGACUGCCAACUCCCCAUCCGAGAGUGGUGGCUCCUCUACAGCAGCAUCGGAGGGUCUUGCUGCCUCCGUUCAAAGAAACCUGAUCGUCAUGUCGGCCGUGGCCGCCUCCCUUUCAUUCUCCCUCGCUUUGAAUUAG